CCGGCUACAGGCCGAGAUCACGGCGCUCAGCUUGCAGAACACCCGCCUCGAACGCCAAAUCGAAGUCGAAAAGGAAGAACGCAUGGCUCUCCAACGGACCAACCAGGAGCUUUCCUCUGGUUUAGCCGAGCGCUCGGCGGCCGAAUUAGCGGCGGCGCGAGCCAACGCGGUCUCGCUGCAGGCCGAGCGAGACAGCCUGAGGGACUGCACGAGGAGGCUGGAGACUCGUGUGGCUGAGUUACAGGCAGAGUGCGCCCGCGCCGCUUCGGCGGCUGAUGAAGCUAGGGUCCAGCAUAUUCAUUAUAAGGACUCUGUAGCAAAAGAGCGAGCGUUACGUCGUCAAACCCUUACCGGAGGAGAAGUUGAAAGCCGUGAGAUGGCGGCUCGCUUGGCAGCGGCUGAGGCGGCUACGGCCCGAGAAGUGAGAGCGCGCGAACAAGCAGCGAACCGCUUAGCCGAUCUAGAGGAUGAAUACGGAACACUACAAGCUGAACAAUGUGCACUGCAGGCUGAAUUAGAUGAUGCGAGGACGGAACUCGCUGCUGUUAAG